CAGUGAAUGAAAGGCAGUAUUGUAGCAGGGUUGCAUUGAAAGUAGUUAAAUGUUGGCUACAGAAGCUAGUUGUGUUAAGAGUAGCCCAUGUUUAGUCAGGAAUGCCUAUUUCGUUUUUUAAAGUACAAAACUUUAGGAGCUAACUCCAAUUUUGAGGGAAGAGUUUAGGAAAAUAAGAAAAAUAACCAAAAUGGAGAGUCAAGAAGGAGCAGCAGCAGCAGCAGCAGCGGUAGCAACCAGAGACUGUGUGCUUGACUUUUCACGUCUUAGUUUAAAUACUUUCAACGUUAACAAUGUCAGCGAGGAUAGACAGAGGGACACCAGGCAGCUCUUCCUAAACUACAACCGACUAUCCUGGCUGCCUUCGUCGGUCAGCCUAUUCUACAACCUGGAGUUUUUGGACAUUAGCAACAACGGGCUGACGGCCAUCUGUGAGGGCAUCACCAGACUCACCAAGCUAAAAACCCUCUUAGCCAAGAACAACCGCCUGGACGAGUUCUCUCUGCCCAAGGAGUUCGGCUCUCUGCAGCUGGAAGUGUUGAACUUUAGUGGGAACCGCUUCCAGGAGAUCCCGCUCCAGUGUACCAAACUGUUGCGCCUGCAGUCGCUUUCUAUCGGCGGAAACAGGCUGAAAAGUAUUCCUGCAGAGAUAGAAUAUUUAACCAGUUUGGAGAUGCUGUAUUUGGGUGGAAACCUCAUCUCAGACAUUCCUCCUGAACUGGCACACCUGCCCUACCUCACCUACCUGGUGCUAUGUGACAACCGCAUCCAAAGUGUCCCUCCGCAGCUCGCCAGGCUCCACUCUCUACGAUCUUUAAGUCUCCACAACAACCUGCUCACCUACCUGCCUAGAGAGAUCCUCAGCCUGGUGCACCUGCAGGAACUCAGUCUUAGAGGCAACCCUCUUGUGGUGCGCUUUGUCAAAGAGAUGAUGUAUGACCCUCCUUCGCUGCUGGAGCUAGCAGGGCGUACCAUUAAAAGCAGAAAUAUUCCCUACUCUCCAUACGACAUGCCUUCCAACCUGGUGCGCUACUUGGACCUUGCCAGCAAGUGCCCCAAUCCCAAAUGUGCUGGUGUUUACUUUGAUUCAUGCGUGCGACAGAUCAAAUUCGUUGACUUCUGUGGAAAGUACCGGCUGCCCCUCAUGCACUACCUGUGCUCCCCAGAGUGCACAUCUCCCUGCAGCUCCAACCCUCAGAGCGACGCAGAGUCUGAGGAGGAGAACAGCGUCCCUGCAGACCGCCUCCAAAGGGUCCUGCUGGGAUAAUCCCACACCGAGAAUACUGAAGGGAAAAAAAUCGCAGAGCUUGCCUCAAACUUUGCCGCACAUACAUCCAUCAACCCUCUCCACACACACACACACACGCACACGCACAGUAAAGGUUUUACAUUCAGCUGCUUAUACGCACAGGAUAUUAGUCAUUUCUGAGACUGGGAAGCUUCAAUUCUUGGAUUUGGUCUGUUUCAUCUCACCAGAUUAACAUUUGACUAAAAGAAGGAGGCUCCGGGUCCCAACCUCAUGAACCUAUUUUCCUGUGUUUGAACACAGGGGGGCGCUAACAUUUCUCAUAGGACUAUAAAGACUGAAGGACUGAAUUUGUUGCAACCUUUUUAGUAAAUAUGUCACAAUUUGUAUUUGAAGAAUGGAUCUGAAUCUUUUCUUGUAGGAGCUGCAGUUGAUCUCCAUUUCUGCGACCAAAUGAUCAACAUGUUCGGUCAGGACGUAUUUACCAAGUUCUGGCACUAAAGUACGGAAGAUGACCUUUAUAAACCUAAUGGUGUCCUA